AUGGAUUUUUCCUAUGUUCGCUCAAUUACAAGUCUAUUGCCUAAAAACGUUCGUCCAGAUUUCCAGCCGUAUUAUGAUUACAUGAAAGACGUGUUUGUGGACAAUCCACGCAUCCAGCAAUAUAAUGGAUACAACUUGUACCCGGGGUUCGAACCGAGUACUGCAGAUUACGUUUGCAACAAAUGGAAACCAAGAAAAAAUGACGUCAUUAUUUGCGCAUAUCCUAAAACAGGGACAAAUUGGCUCCAAGAGAUCACAAGACAAAUAAUCUAUCUCAAAGACCCGGAGUUGCUUCAGAAAACCAAAGCCUUUUCGCAUUUUUAUUCUUUGCUCGCAUACGGACCGGCAUCCAAAUAUGAAAUUACGGAUAAACUUGAAAUACCGAGACGUAUCUUUGGAACGAAUCUACCAUCUCAGUGCCUUAAUUUAGAAAAGUUUAAACGCAUUGGGACAAAGUUGAUCCACGUUAUCCGUAACCCCAAGGAUCAAGCGGUAUCGUGGUAUUACUUUGCCCAGCACCACCCCUUCAUUGCUGCCGGGGUACAACCAUUUGACCAACAUUGUCCCAAAGACGUGGAAAAGUUUAUAGACAACUGCAUUGAAGGGUCUCAAAGGUUUUUCGGAUUGGAAAAUGAAGGUUACCUUCACCACGUAAGAGGAUGGUACGAUCAUAAGGGAGAUCCCAACAUUCUAUUUAUCUCAUUCGAAGAUUUAAAACGCGACUUGCCGAAAGAAAUUCGUAAGAUUGCGAAAUUCAUUGACGUCCAAAUAUCGGACAGUGAUGUAAACGAUAUCGUAGCUAACACUGCGAUAAAUAAGAUGCCACAAACUGAGAAAACGAAUAAUGAUAUUUCAAAGUCCAUGAUUCGGAAAGGCAUCGUUGGCGAUUGGAAAACCCACUUUACAGAUGAACAAUCAAACCGACUCGAUGCGAAAGUUCGUGAGGUUUUGUCCAACACAGACAUCCAGUUCACAUACGAGUUGUAAUGGACAACUGCGGUAUAACAUCUCAACUCAAAUGUGGUAUCCCUACAGACUUAUAUACUGCUUCCCCAGGA